CUUUGUAUAACUAUUAAUAUCACAACGCCACAAUAUUCAAUAUUUUUUCCAAUGACGCAAUAUUUGACAUUAAUUAAAAAUAAAUGAAAAUUAUGGUCGUUACUGUUACUAUUAUCGUCGAUAGCUAAUUGUUGAAAAAUGAUAUGUCACCGUGAUAAGAUAUGUAAUACAAGUGUAACAAUACAAUUCGGAACUCGUGUCGAUGAAAAUAUGGAAAAUGACAACAUAGUCACAUGUACACUUCCUACGCAAUCAAAACAUACGCGUCGUCUAUGAGUUGCUGCUAGAACUUGUGCGAGUUAUAAGUGAGAAUGCAAAGGGAGUUUGAUGUCACUAGUCACUAUCGCGCAGCGUUUAUAUAUUUGAAAAAUAAUCAUUAUACAAUGUCACUAUUUGCAUUUUUACAGGUAUCAUGACCUCUUUUUCACUUCAUUCGAUAUUUUUCGUUCUUAAUGAUCAUUUUCUGAAAAUUGACUGAUUACAUAUAAACUUGAUUUUGAUCGUUCUGUUAUAAACAUGUACGUCGAAUACAAGAAUGAAAAAUAAGGAAGCAAGAUUCAGCAGGACGCUCCAAAUUCAUUAGAAGUUAUCGCAUAACUAAAAAGAUAUUUAAAGUACUUUCUAAAAUAUUUCAAAAACUAACAAAUGGAGAAAUGAUGUCAAUGAAUGGUCUUUUUUGAGCAAGGAAUAUGAUUGUAUACGCAAAUUUUUUAAAAAUCCAUUUGUUUAAACAACAUAUUACAACCUGGUACUAUCUCGGCAUGAACGGUCUGGCUCAAGUCGGAAAGAGCCGAAAAGAGAGAGAAAGAAUCUUUUGAACCAUUUGGUAUCGGGUAACUCAAACAUUCGGGUGGACUUGAAAAAAGACUCGAGCAGUCUUUCAAUCAAGUGGUAAUUUUCAAGUAUAUAAACGUCGUAUGCAAUAGUGGACCGGUGACGCUAAACUCCCUUUUUGUUUUCGCUUAUAACUAACUCUAGAUCUAGCAACAACUCAUAGAUGGCGCGUAUAAUGUUUUGAUUGUAAGUAAACGUACUUGUGGCUAUGUUGCCAUUUUGUACAUUUUCACUGGAACGAGUUUGUAGUUACGUUGUUCACUCCUCUACACCUCGUUUGUUUUUACAUGUCUUCAAAGUUAACUCGCACUCUCAAAAUUUUUUAUUAUGAUUUUUAUGAAAUAUCAAUCAUGAAAACCACAAAAGUUACACCUUUACGGCUGAUAUCCACCGGCUCUACUUUACGAAACCGGUUAUCUGAACAUACCGAACAGUUCAAAAAAUGUAAUCUAGUAAAGAGAUCAACAGUUGAUCCUGCAACAGUAGAGUUUCAUUCUAAAAUGAGCAGUAGAUGGUGGGACACUAAUGGUGAAAUGCACGCUUUGCAUUCAUUGAAUCCUCUUAGAGUACAAUUUGUUCGAGAUGGUCUAGCAAAUACAGGAUUCAAAAUAAAAUGUCCUUAUUUGCCAUUAGAAGGGAUUAAAAUAUUGGAUGUUGGUUGCGGUGGAGGAUUAUAUUCGGAAUCUUUAGCUAGAACAGGAGCAAACGUGACUGGGAUUGAUGUUUCUUCAGAGUUAAUAACGAUUGCAAAAGGACAUGCUGCUUUGGAUCCUAGUUUAGAUGGAAAAUUAAACUAUGUUCAGACAACUAUUGAAGAUUUUGCAUUAAUUAAUAAAGGAGUAUUCGAUGCUGUUGUUGCUUCAGAAGUUAUAGAACAUGUAAAUAAUAAGGAAUUGUUUUUAAAGUGCUGUGUAAGUACUUUAAAAUCUGGAGGAUCAAUAUUUCUUACAACGUUCAAUAAAACGUUGUCUUCGUGGCUUGGAGGCAUAAUCACAGCUGAACAUAUUUUAAAGCUAAUACCUAAGGGCACCCAUGAUUGGAAUAAAUUUGUCACUCCUGCUGAAAUGCAGUCCAUAUUAGAAACAUGUGGUUGCAAGACAAAAUUGAUUCAUGGACUAUUUUACAAUCCUUUGAAACGAGAGUGGUCUUGGAGGGCCUCAACAGCGAUAAAUUAUGCACUUCACGCGGUAAAGAGAAAAGAAGAGAAAUAAAUGACAUAUUCUAUUCUUUCAUGCAUUAUUAUUUAUUGUUUAUUAUAUUAUAUUAUUUAUGCUUUUAUAUGUUGGUAUUUAUAUAUUUAUUGAGAUUUGUUCAGUAUUUUAUAUAUGUAUAUAUAUAUUGUAAUUUAUAUAUUGAUAUAUGGCACUAUUAUUAUUAUUACUAUUAUAUUAUAUUUUGUGAUAUAUCUAAAAACUAUACCUGACUUAAAAGAAUGAGGUUUAAAUAAGAA